AUGCGAACCGAUGGUCGGAAAGUCACCGCCCUGGCUUAUGAGCUGCAUAGGUCGGUUCCGGCUGAUCGUUGGUGCGUCACCUAUUGGGACCUGCUAUUUCUGCGGCAAGAGGUCCAAUCUGCCCUUCGCUGCGGCGAGAUUCAGCCGGGGCCUGAGGACGAUUUGUCGGAGGACUAUGGGCCAAGCAUCUACACCGUGAAUGAGCAGUACAUCAAGCCAGUGACACAGGAUGCCGGGAAGAUGAGUUGGGCUCUGAUGCGAAAUCCAGAUGGUUUGCAGUGCGACUUGUUCAUCAGCCAUGCUUGGCAGGAAGGUGUCUUUGAAUUUCUGGCCAAAGUGAGGCACAGUUGGCCAAGGAGUGUGCAAACUGCUUGGUGCUGCAUGCUGGCCAACCCUCAAAACCUGGAUAUUGCCUCUUUCUUGCAGUCGCCCAAGUCGUCGCCUUUUGCAAUUGCGCUGCAGGCUUCCAAAGUUAUGUUGGUGGUGCCAAACCGGCAAGAGAGCGUCUACACUCGACUUUGGUGUGCUUAUGAGGCUUAUCUUGCCCAAGAAGAGGGAAAGACUAUUCUCAUCGCGCAUUCCUCCAAUCUCCAUCAGAUUUUAGCCGCUUUACGUGGGAUGGCUUUGGCUGCCAUCUUUGGUGCUUCCGUUGGCAUUGUGGCAACAUUACUGAACCUUGGGCAAACCUACGGAGUUCCCGCGCUGGCGUGUCUCGUGGUGGGUUCGAGCCUGGUGAUCCACGAUGAUGUCUGUCGAAGGGUCAUGCAUCUUCUGGGCGAGAUACUCUGCUGGACUCAGGUGACGCACGGUUUCGUCAAUUUCUUUGAUCUCUACUCGGCAGAGGAGUACCCCGACAAAGACAAGGCCGUGCCUCACAAGGUAACACAGGUGCUACAUUUGUCUUAUUGGGUGAUGACGUCCUUGGCCUUUUGCGUCAUGGAGGUUGAUCGCAUCAAUGCGAGACCUGCAGUGUCAGAAGCAGAGGAGUUGCGACAAGGGUACCAAGGUUCCAUUCAAUAUGCCAAAUGUUCGCAAGCAGCGGAUGCCGCCAGCAUCCGCCGAGAAAUCGGUACCCAGGUGGAUCGCGUUGACCAUGCGAUCCACGUUCUGCUGACGGCCGGCAUGUCGACCCCAGCGCUGAGGGACAUAGCCCACAGAGUGGACAUCGAACAUGCAGCAUUUGCAGAAUUUACCGGGGCAGUGUUUUUGCUGGGCCCUUUCGCAACAAUGGCAGUCACACUGUCGUUUGUGGACCUGUUCUAUGGCAGAUGUUUGUGGCAGCGUGUGGUUCUUGCUGUGAUGUCUUUGCUUUCCAGGUUGAUUCUCUUUGUUUGGCUUAGUUGGAGCCAUUGGGAUGAGCAGCGCUUCAUUCUGAAGGUCAUGAACAAGUUUCUCUGUUUGGCAAUGCUUGGCUGGCUGGGUCUGAUGUUUUGCUUUCUUGUUUUUGGCCUGAGCUUGGACAAUGUAUUUUUGACUUGGCUUCUCAUCACGGACCUUUGUCUGCUGUCCAUGCUCUUGUUUGCCUUCCUUGGGGUGAGAGGCAUUGCAAAACUUCCUUGCGGCUUCCGGAUCCUACAGAUAUGCUUUAGUAGAGGCUGCAAUGCAUGCAAUGCUCGGACAGCGUGGAACCGUCCCAGACGACGCUUUCAACCUGAUGAUGAUCCCUUUGAAAUGCCGUUGGGAAACAAGGACUUAGAUGAUGGCAUGCUCCCCAUCGACGACUUUGAUGAGGACAUUGGCUUUGAUGGUCCUAUGCCUGAGCUGGCGUUAGGGGGUAAGCUGCCACCUGUCGAAGGCAAUCCCUUCGGCGAGAACUGGGCCGAGCUGCCGGGCGACGUGGCCUCCUCCUUCAACAAGUCCAAGCAGGUCAAAGAAGCGCCAGCUCCACCGCGCGCGCAACGCGAGAGGGGCAAGAAGCACUUCUGGUAUGGCAUGAGCAGAGAAGAGAUCAAGGAAGCCAAAGCCAAUGGUCGAGGUAAGAAGAAGGCUCCAGCUGAAGGGCAAGGUGAGAAGAGCUCUUUCAUGCGUGCGCUGGAGAAGCGUGAGAAAUCCAGGGGACGAUCCGUCCGCACAGGAGAUAGAGCAAGAGGCCGCAAAGAGACGAAAGAGGCAAAAUCGCCGCAGUCUACCAAGCCUGGAGCAGAGCCUGGAGGCAAAAAGCCGCCGCAGGCUCCACAAGGCAACGUUGGCCUGAAGCGACGGAUCUUGCGCUGA